CUGGAGUAAUCUACAAAACUGUUCAAGGUUCCCAACUACUGAUUAAUCUCUGUCUGUCCUCCACAGACAUGAGAUUGGGGUGUAUUGAAGAGGGAGUAGAAUCUCUUAAAAUUAGAUGUUCACCUGGAUAUGCAGGAGAUUUUCGUAUAACAUCAGAAAAGGGAUUUAGUGCUGCUGACGCGCGUAGUCUUUUUUCUCUUUUUGGAGACCAAUCUGCUGUUGAUGUUCCCCUUUUGGUAUCUGAGAUGGUAAACGCCGCUCGAAACUUUGUAUCAACAAUCAUUCGUGAUGAGGAACCUGAAGAUAAAAAAAAGAAUAUUGGUCGUGGUUCUCUAACAUAUUUCAACAGAUUUAAAGAGAUGGGAGUGAUUGGGAGUGGCAGUUUCGCUCAUGUAGCCCUUUGCUGGCACAAGAAAGAAGAAAAGUUUUAUGCAGUGAAAAAAAUUAGAUUGGGCGUAAAAGAGUUAAAUUCCCAGGCUGUGCAGGAAGUUCGUGUGUUAAAAAAGAUGAACCAUCCUCACGUCGUGACCUGCUAUGACACAUGGUGUGAACGAGGAUUUAUUAAUUCCCUCACACAUGAGAAUUCCUCGGCAACUGCAUCUUCAAACAAAUCGUCUUCCGCAAAUAUACCUGACGAAGAAGCUUUUUGUCAGUACAUACAGAUGGAAUUCUGUCCACUGACAUUACGUGAGUUUCUUGACAGAUAUGAUUUCUCCCAAGGAAAUUUUGUAUGGCAAGCGUUCGAACAGAUAGUAGUUGCUCUAGACCAUAUUCACAAAGGGGGUGUCGUCCAUCUAGAUAUAAAUCCUAGAAAUAUCUUCCUUGACUUCGAAGAUAAAGUGAAGAUUGCCGACUUUGGAUUAGCAAAGUCAACUGAAAAGUCAACUGUGGGGCCUAUCAGUGAAGAUACUUCUUAUAGCUGUUCUGGUCAACCAGGAACAGGGGUCUAUAGGGCCCCAGAGGUUUUGGCAGUGGCAGUGGAUGAAACAAAGAAGAAGAAGAUAAGUGAAAAGGCUGAUAUGUUUAGCCUCGGGAUUAUUUUGUUUGAGAUGUGGUAUAAAUUUGGCGAAUCGGGGCAUGAGAGGAUUAGGGUGUGCACAGAUAUUGGGACUGACAGAGUACUACCCGCGGAGUGGUCAAAAGCUCAUCCAAGACAAGCAUCCUUGAUUCUUGAAUUGACAGCUACGGAACCAUCUGAUCGACCAUCGGCCAAACAAGUUUUGGAGCAGCUACGAAACCAUUCCUAAAAGGCAAUAUGAUUCUUAUUCAAAAAAUAAUUUUGAACUGCCACGUCAGCGAAAUUAAACACAUCAUAAUGAUUUAGUACAGUGCCACGUCAACAAGGUUUAUCGCCCAAUGUUUAGCACCCAAAUAUAUCGAUAU